AUAACAACAUGGAAUCUGAAACAGAGUUCUUUGAUAUCGGUAGUAGAGGAAACGUGCAUGAUGACACAGUUGAAUUUGAUGACAUAGAGCUUGUAGAAGACAACCAAAAUGUCAGGCUUAUCAGGAUCAGGGUCUGGUACGAUGAUUUCGUCUAUGGAAUUCAGACAGUUUACGAAACAAGCAAUAAUGGAAUCUUAGUAUCCCCAAAAAGAUUGGGAGCUCAAGCUGAAACCUGGAAUCUUAAGUAUGAAGAAGUGUACUUCAAUAGGAAUGAGAGUGUUGUAGCUAUAAAAGGGAGUCAUGGAGAGAUCAUUGACCAUGUUAUCUUUGUUACAAGCCAAGGUAGAGAAAUCCGUUUUGGAUUGUCAGAUGGAGGUGAUCCAUUUGAUUUAGAAAUCCCUGAAGGAGUCUGUGUUGGGGCACUUAAGGGAGGAUUUGGAGGGCACCUUCAUAACAUUGGAUGCUAUACUAUCCCUCUAGCUCAACCAUUCCAGUAUCAAUACUCUUAUAAUGCUAAGCAGAGAGUUGAGAAGCAGAUAUCAACAGGUCAGACUCAUGAAGAUACAAAGGAAUAUAAUGAUGUUGAAUUUUUAGAAAAUACCAAAGGCCAGCACAGAAUUGGCUCAAUCAAAGUCUUUUAUGAUGACGAGUUUGUCCACGGUCUUGAAGUAAAGUAUCUAGAAAAUGGAAAGGAGAUCCAAACUAAAGGAAUAGGCCAUGAAUGGAACAAGGAAGAUCAUAAAGCUAAAAAGAUCAUGCUCGCUUCUGACGAAUGGAUCACAAAUAUCUAUGGCUACUUCGGAGACAUCUGUGAUUUACUAGUCUUUGAAACAACCAAAGGCAGAAUAGAGAAGUUCGGAAACUUAGAAAAAGAACCAAACUUUAACUUUGAAAUUCCUGAAGGAGAGGUUGUAUCUGGAAUAUCCUUUGGAAUUGGGGGUCAUUUACACAACCUGACUGCUUAUUAUGGUAAGGAGCCGCAUAUCUUUAAGUUUGAUAAUCAGCCACAAGCCAAUGUUCAAUAUUCGAUGUUGCAAAGUAGCACUGAUGUAGUUGGCCCUACUCAUAAAGAUACAACUGCCUUUGAUGAUUGGGAUAAGCUAGAUACAAGUAAUCUCACUACUCGUCUCAAGAAGGUCACUAUCUUUUAUGACAAAGAUAAGAUCAUCUAUGGAUUCAAACUCAAGUGGAACGCCAAUGAGGAAGAAGUUGAAGGAGAAAAGCAUAUAGGUAGUGAGUAUUCUGGAUUGUUUGUCCAUGGAGACAAGGAUUCUUUUAAGUUAAAAUACGAUCAAUACAUAACGAAGGUUUAUGGAAAGGUCGAAAACCAAGUUAGAAAGCUAGGAUUUGAACUUAACACAGGAGAAAUUUAUGAAUAUGGAGGUGAUGAAGGGGAAUAUUUUGAACUUGGUGUCCCCCAUGGAUGUGGUGUUGGAGCCCUGACUGGAGGAAAGAAUGGGCAUUUACAUAAUAUACAAGCUUGGUAUGGGAAGAUACAUACAGCUACGCAGAGUAUUACACAGGUUUAUUACUUCCCGACUGAGAAAAGAUGGCCUAAUGAAUCCAUGUUUGGGAAUACACAUAAAGAUACAACAGUGUUUAGAGAUGAAGGAAUUGACUUCAAUGCUCAUACUUAUAGAAUAGACACUGUCAAGGUUUAUCAUACGAAUAGGGUUAAAGGAAUUCAGAUAAUAUAUGAGAUUGAUGGGACUUAUCAUUAUGGGACAAAGCACCAAGCUUCCUUUGAUUACAAUGAAGAAGAAAUGCAAACAACUAUGAUUAAUUUAGAAGUCGAUGAAUUUAUUAUAGGAAUUAGCGGAAAACUUACUAAAAUUAUCACUAAUCUUACCUUCAAGACUAGUAAAGGAAGAGAGAUCUCUUGUGGAGGAGAUGAAGGGGAUGAUUUCCAACUCGGAGUCCCACCAGGUGAUUGUAUCGGUAUCAUUGAAGGGGGCAAAAAUGGAGAUAUCCACAAUAUUAAGAUCUUCACUGGGCCUAUGCCACAAGUAAUGACUACUAGAUGGUAA